AUGGAUACUACAAUCCUCAACAUGUUUCUGGCUACAGUGCUGCUCAUGGGCUGUGUAUGUGUGGUACCUCUCCAAGGUCAGAAGCCAGGACAGGUGGACCCCCUGACUCUGAGCAGGGCAUCACAGUGCUGGACCUCCUCCUCAGAGCUCCUGCUGGAGAUGCGCUCCCCGAGGAUCGCUGACACCGUGCCUGCCUUCUGGGACCUGAUGGUGUUCCUUAAGUCGUCAGACAACAGGAAGCACAGUGCUCUAUUCUGGGACCUGGCCCAGGUCUUCUGGGACAUCUAUGUGGAUUGUGUCCUGUCCCGGACCCAUGGACUGGGGAGGCGGCAGCUAACUUGGCCCCAUGAGCAGAUCACUGCAACGCGCUCACUCGUCACUGACAGUAAGUACCUGUCUCUGACACUUUUCUCUCCAGUUUACAGUUUGGGCGUGGAUGCUUUUUAA